AUGCUGCAGAUCGCACAACAUCGACAGUUGCCUGUAAUCUUGCACUGUCGUGAUAGAGGUAGUGGUGAUGCUGCAGCCCGUGUAUUUGCCAUCAUUCGCAGUGGUUUUGCUAAAUUGCACUAUCAUCGCCAUUGCUUUGAUGGUAGUAUUGAGGAAUUGAGAGAAUGGCAAAGCCUUCCUAAUGUUGUGUUAGGAAUUACGGGCAAGUUUCUAAAGGACACGAACACAAAAAGUGAUGCGGUCUCAAGGAUCUUCCCACAUCAGUUAAUCCUUGAGUCCGAUGCCCCGUUUUUUCCGCCAAGGUCAUGUUGUGAGGUGAACCAUCCCUGGAAUUUGAUAGAUGUUGCUUUGACAGUGAGUCCGCGCAGAAACAUUCUGUUGAACAUUUUAAACUGGAUGGCAAAUGAUAAUGCCCUCUGA